GGUCUGUUAAAAGGUAAGUACGGUGUAUCUCGGAACGUUAUUGUGGGGAACUGCUAGAGUGGGGACAAAGGGGCAGUACGUUAGGGUUAUUUUUAUUUUUCGCCUUCCCAGAAUGCGUCCUAAUUGGCGAUUUUUAGUAAAUUAUUUGACUGGCUGUAGUGGAGGUAAAUUGUCCUUUCAAGACGGUUCUUAGCUGAAUUCUCCCUAAAGGAAAUAUUACCCAUUUUAAACCGAGCAACUUAAUUUUAAAGGGACGUCCUCCCUUAAAAAGAAAAGAAAAAAAAUACUUUCAAGCCCCCGCCCUGCUGAUGAUCGUCGCGGCUUACUCUAGUUAACAAAGGCUUGUUAUUGCGUAACAGUUCGGUUUUAUUGCUUGCUUUUUUCCCCUCUGAGUUUAAAUUCUUAAGCUUAACUUUGUGAUUUUUUUUCUCUUUUCUUGUUAUAGGUUUGGUUUGGCUUGAGAUACCACCGUCGAACUUGCUCCGCGAAACAAAGAGAAAAAUACCCCCACAAUCUUGAGCCUCUGAGACGACACUAAAAAAGCCAGCUACAUUUCAGAUCGUCUGUAUUGGGAAGCUGAUAAAAUUCUUUGUGACCUUGAAGGAGAACCGCCACUAAAAAACAUAAAAAACAAAAUUAAUAUUUAGCAACAACUUUCCCUGAUUUUUAAUAGGCAACUUUUUGUUAUUUAUUGACCGCCCAAAAAGUUGCUAUUUUUUUUAAAGAAAUGAAAACCAAAUAUAUAUUUUUCUUUAAAAACACAGCUUAAUCCAAAAAAAGCUAAACCUUGAGGCGCUGUCGACGAGAAAAUUAAUUGGAUAAAUUUCCAACCAUGGGUUCCAGACCGAUAGACCCAAAGGAACUCCUGAAAGGACUGGACUGUUUCCUUGGCAAAGAUGGAGAAGUCAAAACAAACGAAGGAAUCACUAAAAUUUUCAACUUGAUGAAAGAUGCACAGAAGAUGGUCAGUCGCUGCAUCUAUCUGAAUAUCUUGUUGCAGACCAGAACACAAGACAUACUCGCAAAAUUCAUCAAGGUUGGUGGCUACAAGCUUCUCAACACAUGGCUGACUAGCUCAAAAGCAGCGAAUAACGUGCCCCUCCUGCAACAGAUCCUGCUCACCCUUCAGCAUUUACCCCUUACUGUGGAUCAUCUGAAACAAAACAAUACUGCCAAACUGGUCAAGCAGCUCAGCAAGACAAGUGAGGAUGAAGAGCUUCGCAGACUGGCUUCAAUACUGGUCAGCGACUGGAUGGGUGUCAUCCGCUCCCAGAGUAGCUCCCAACCUACAGAGCGAGAGAAGAAAAAGCGGAAGGAGGAGAAUAAAGGCAAAACACCCGUUCAGGAGAAGCCUCAGGAGGCCAAAUCAGAAACCAAGCCUGAAGAGACCCCUGAGAAGAAGAAAGAAAAGCCAAAAUCUCUCCGCACUACAGCGCCCAGCCAUGCAAAGUUCCGUUCCACUGGGCUGGAAAUGGAGACUCCAUCCCUCCUUCCCGUAAAGAAAACUGUCAGUGCUGCAGUAACCUCAGAUAAAUACAACUUGAAGCCAAUACCACUGAAGAGACAGAACACAUCUACUCCCAUUGCAGAAAACCCACCUGCUGAGAAGAAAUACAAGCCCCUCAAUACCACCCCUAACACUACCAAAGAGAUUAAAGUCAAGAUCAUCCCCGCACAACCUAUGGAAGGCUUAGGCUUUUUGGAUGCCCUAAACUCUGCCCCUGUCCCAGGGAUCAAGAUCAAGAAGAAAAAGAAAGUUUUGUCUCCAACUGCAGCAAAGUCGAGCCCCUUUGAAGGGAAGCCAGUGCAAGAAAUGAGUACCACCAAGCCAGCUUCACCAGAGCUUACCCCUGCAUCAGAGCCAAUGGAUGUGGAUAGACCUGGCACCCCUGUACCAGCUGUGGAGGUUCCUGAGCCAAUGGAGACAAACUCCUCUGAGCAGGGUGGAUUGCUGGAUUCCAAACCAGCCGAUAGCCCGGUGGACUCAACCCAGCUGACAAAGAAGGGCAAGAAGAAGAAGACUGUGAGCUGGCCUGAGGAAAGCAAGCUACGGGAGUAUUUCUACUUCGAAUUGGAUGAGACAGAGCGAGUCAAUGUGAACAAAAUCAAAGACUUUGGCGAGGCUGCCAAGCGAGAGAUGCUGAAGGAUCGCGAGGCCUUUGAGACAGCACGUCGGCUCAGUCAUGAUGCCAUGGAGGAGAAGAUCCCCUGGGUCUAUCCGAAACCCAUUGACUUGCCUUCUCCACUGGUUCAUCCAGGAAGCGGGAGCCAGGAGAAGUUCACCCAGGCUGAGCGUGAGAAAGGCAUUUUGCAGGAAAUCUUUCUCUCCAAAGAGAGUGUUCCUGACAGUCCUCAUGAACCUGACCCAGAGUCCUAUGAGCCAGUGCCGCCCAAGCUCAUUCCUCUGGAUGAGGAAUGCUCCAUGGAUGAGGCUACCUACGAGGAAAGACUCGACCCAACCACCGCCUCGCAGUCUCCGGACGGAGCUGGGGGCUCGAAGCUGCCCCCGGUCCUGGCCAACCUCAUGGGCAGCAUGGGGGCAGGCAAGAACCCGCAGGGCCCCAACCCCAACUCCUCCAUCAACGUGCAAGAGAUCCUCACCUCCAUCAUGGGUGGCGCCAACAAUCACAAAACAGAAGAGCUGCUGAAGCAGCCAGAUUACUCCGACAAGAUUAAGCACCUGUUGGGCAACUUGCAGGGUCAGCCUGGACCGGGUCCUUCAGGAGUUCCUCACGGACUGCUUGGAACAGGUCCUGGUCCAGUUCCCAACGGAUUUCCCCCGGGGCCCAAAAACAUGCAGCUCUUCCCUCCUGUAGUUCCAGGACCUAUGCCUGGACCCCACGGGGGCCCAGUUGGUCCUAACAUGCCUCCUGGCCCUGGCGUGCCCAGCGGGCCUCGAAUGAUGGGCCCACCCCCUCCACAGUGUAACGAUGGCUACUGGGACCCUCCCGACAGUGGCAUGCGUGGUGGGCCCCACGGAGGAGGCAUGAGAGGCGGCAGCCCUGGUCCGGGCCCUGGCCCCGCCCCUUUUCACCGUGGGCGAGGUGGCAGAGGCGGAGAGCCCCCUUUCCGUGGACGAGGCAGCAGGCGGAACAGCGGCCCCCCUAAUGGUAGGGGUGGCCCUCCCAACAACAGCAUGGGCGGUGGCCACGGAGGGGGACAUGGCGGUGGCGGCCACGGAGGGGGACACGGCGGUGGCCACGGAGGUCACGGAGGAGGGGGCCACCCCGGGGACCAUGGCAGGGGCCACCCCGGGGACCACGGCCGGGGACAUCCUGGCGGUCAUCCAGGAGACCACGGCCGGGGAUAUCCAGGGGACCACGGCCGGGGACAUCCGGGGGACCACGGCAGGGGACAUCCAGGGGACCACGGCAGGGGACAUCCAGGGGACCACGGCAGGGGACAUCCAGGGGACCACGGCAGAGGUCACCCAGGGGACCACGGCUGGGGGCACGGAGGCGGCCAUGGUGGAGACAGGUCAGAGCGUCCCGUUUGCCGUCACUUCACGAUGAAAGGCAGCUGCAGGUACGAGAACAAGUGUGCCUUCUACCACCCUGGCGUCAACGGGCCGCCCUUGCCCUAGUCGCAGGGCCCCGGCCCCCUCUCCCCAGCUCUUCUUAACUGUGGUAUCAGCACACAUUCCCAUGUCACGGACUCUGGGACUUGAACCCCAACUCUCGAGACUCAUGCUGCAUCCACCUUUUUAUGGCUUCUGUGAGGCCCUUUAAACGUUUGGGGCAAGGGGGAGCCGACCACUCUCCCCUCCGCUGCUACUGAUAUGAACUGCCACAUCCCCCAAAAGAGGAAACCACUGGGAGACACCACCUCCGUCUGGUCUGUGGAGUGAUGAGGCCACCCAUGGCUGUGAAAGCACAAGAGACGUCAGGGCAGGAUUUUUGGAAAAGCCGACUGACCUGUGUAAAUAUCCCUGUCUGUGAGAACCAGCAAAGGAAGAGGAGGCACUGCAGCUCUGAAAGGCCUGCCUGGGCUGGGCUGUAUUCCACCACAGGCUCCCAGGAACCAGGCCUGCACUGAGGACUUUGCUUUUCGUCCAGUAGAACAGCUGGCCUCGGGCAGGCAAACGCUGCCCAAAUUUUAGGAACAUGCAUGUGAGGCAGGGCGAGAAGCAGCUGCUUAUGGAUUAUUCUGCUGUUGACGAAUCUACAGCCCUGGUUGAAGGCCCACUAGGAGAUGGGGGAAUUCCAGUAGUUGCCACUUGCACAAUACCUUACUGGUUCCCCAUCCUCUCCCCUUUAUCAAACCCUCCCCACUGGCUGCAGAGAUGCGGUUUCCUUUGGUGCUAUGUUCUGUCAUUAGGGGAAACCUACAAACUGUUUUCUAUGAAAACUCAACCUUGACUCUAAUGAUUUAGGGGGGUAAUUUUUGUUUUCCUGAUUUAUGUUGUUGGUUGUGGGUUUCUUUUUUUCCUUUUUUUUAAGUGUCUCACAAGGUGUGGGCUUGUCAUUACAUCUUAUGUCUCCCCUUCUCCUUGAAGUGGGUGCAGCCGCCCCUCUCCUGCGGGGAAGGAAAUGUCUCUUCUCUCUCUAAGUUUUGUAUAUUUUGUACAUUAGUAAUAAACAUGGUGGGAAAAUGAGUUAUCUAAUUUAACCCUUGUCGUCUGGGCUGGCUGUUCUUUUCCCUGGCAAAUAAAUUAUGUUGUAUGCAUUGAUCAGGG